GCGUUGGCUUGAGAAAAUUCUAUAUGGACGCAAAGCGGAGACGCAGCUCCCCACCCGAGACUACGAGAACCCCGGCCGUGCCCCGAGACCUGCAGCUGCCCCCGAGUCAGAGGGCCCAGUCUGCAUUCAAAGAGCAAAGAAAAAAACUCCAGGAACACCUGUUGAGAAGAAAAACACUUUUUGCAUACAAGCAGGAAAACGAGAUGUUAUCCAGUAGUAGAGGUCAGAGAGCUGUGACAUAUGAGGACCAAGUUCAGGAAGCGACUAAACUGCUGAAACUUAAAACAAAAAUGGCUGAUAAAGAAAAUGGGAAGAGACCUGCAGGGAGCAAAAAUAGUACAAUAGUGGGGAGAAAUUGUAUUCCUUUAAAACCUUCAAAUGAACUAAUAAAUUCCACUUUAGUAAUUGACACACAUAAACCUAAGGAUACUAAUCAAACUCUGCAGUCGUUACUAACUGAAGAUGAUCCCCAAAGUACACAUAUGACAUUAAGCCAGGCAUUUCACCUUAAAAACAAUAGUGAAAAGAAACAGAACACUGCAGAAAAACCAAAGCAAGAUACUAACAUGCCCGAGAAACCUGUACUUGGACGUUACCAUGGAAAGAUUGUUCAGUCUAAGGUUAAUUCAUUUAGAAAACCUCUACAAGUCAAAGAUGAGAGUUCUGAAGCAACAAAGAAACUUUCAGCCACUGUCCCUAAAGCCACAAAGCGUCAGCCUGUAAACACCAGCAGUGUAACAGUUAAAAGUAAUAGAUCCUCAAGUAUGACUGUCACCACGAAAUCUGUAAGCACUACAUCUCGGAACACACCACUUGUCCGACCUCCAGUUAGAAGUUGUCACAGUAAUACCCAGGACACUGUGAAACAAGGCAUCAGGAGAACCUCUGCCCAUGUUACAAUCCAGAAAGUACCUCGUGAAAAAGAACUGUUAGAAUCAAAAACAGCUUUACCUAGUGUCAAAACCAGUUCUUGUCCAGAAAUAAUAAUAAGACAGACGCUGUCAACAAGCAUAGCAUCUGAAGUUGUGGCCAGGCCUGCUUCAUUGUCUAAUGACAAACUGAUAGAAAAGCCGAAGCCCAUUGACCAACGAAGACAUGCUAUAAGAAAAGCAACUGUUGGGAGAUCAGCUCAUCCCAAAGAAACCGCAGAAGAGAGAAAAGCUCCUCUGAGUGAAUGGAAAGCUGGCAAAGGAAGAGUGCUAAAAAGGCCUCCGAACUCAGUAGUUAUUGAGCAUGAGCCCGAAGGACAAAAAGAAAAGCCAGUUGGGUCUUUUUGGACUACCAUGGCAGAAGAAGAUGAACAAAGAUUAUUUACUGAAAAAGUAAACAACACAUUUUCUGAAUGCCUGAACUUGAUUAAUGAGGGAUGUCCAAAAGAAGAUAUACUGGUCAUAGUUAAUGACCUGAUUAAAGAUAUUCGAGAUGCCAGAAAGCUUGUUAAGUAUUGGAUAUGUCUUGUACUUAUGGAACCAAUCACAAGUCCUGUUGAAAAUAUUAUUGCAAUUUAUGAGAAAGCCGUUCUGGCAGGGGCUCAGCCAAUUGAAGAGCUGCGACACACAAUUGUAGAUAUUCUAACAAUGAAGAGUCAAGAAAAAGUUAAUUUGGAAGAAAAUACAGAGAAGGCUUGUGCAACCAAGGAAUUAGUCACAGAAGUCAGUAUUGAAGAUACAGGUGUUGAUGUAGAUCCAGAAAAAGUGGAAAUGGAGAGUAAACAUCAUAGAAAUGUGCUAUUCCAAGACUGUGAAAAAGAGCAAGACAGCAAAACGAAAGAUUCAACCCAUGAUGUUAAAACCCUCAAUACAGAAAUGAGGACAGGUUCCUUAAUUAAGUAUAAUGUGUCUACUACGCCAUACUUGCAAAGUAUGAAGAAGGUGGACUUUGAAACAAAUUCCGCAUUUAAGAAGCUCAAGUUUAUAACACCAGUGAGACGUUCUCAACGUCUUCAAGAGAAAAGUUGUAAAUUACCAGCUAUGUUAAAAGAUCAUUAUCCUUCUGUAUUUUCAUUAGAACAGCUAACAGCGUUGGAAAGAGAAACUGAAACUUUGAUAUGCCGCCCUAAUGCAGCACUGAGCCGGAUGUACUCUUAGGAUUAAAUGGGAGAAGAGAACUAAA